AUGUCACUGGCCACCCGGCCCGCACCGCGCAUUUUGCAACCGAGCACCGGCCGCAAAAUCACCAGGAAAGCAAUAGCCACGGCACAUCGGGCCAUGAAACUCCUUGUGCACGCCAUUUUCAUGUUUUGUUUUGUGCCGCUAGCGCUGGCGGGGAUUUGCUCGUCCAACACCGUGGUUCCUUUUUCUGGAUAUAAAGUCACGCGGCGCCACAAGAUCCGGCUUCGCCCGUUGCAGAGCGACUCGUACCUUGUGCUCACUAAGUGCCACCGGGGCCUUCCCGUAUUUUCCCGGACUGUAGCCACGCCCUCGGCGAUAAGUGAGUUUUCCAUUCCAUUCACUUCUGCGGACACGGAGCUCGACUUCCUGGAUCGCUGGGGACGCCGUGGCAAGAAAGAACAACGCAAUUCUGAUGACCGGGAGAGCCCUGGAGACCUGUCGGAAUCAGAGCACCGAAGGGGCUCAAAUAUGCGGCCGGGCCGGGGUCUGGCGUUUCGGGCCUGGCUUUCAUCGUUUGGAUGGAUGCACGCCCAUGAGCCGGCCCAGGGCUAUAUCAAUGGAGGGAUCGAAACCAGCUCUAUAAGAUCAGGCACACCGGGAGCUCGUACUCGGAGAGCUAGGGGUCAGCAAGAAAGGAUACCGAGAAGCCGGUCUCUGAGGACAAAGACUGUAGGAGCAAGCAUUCUGAAUAGCCCCUUGUUCGAAACCAGCACGGUAAGAAACCAGGCCCAAGCCAGAGUGGCGGAUACAGAAUCGCUGAGAAUGACCGAGAUCAAAACAAGGGGACUGAAAUUGACCGGGCCCGCCCGCCGGUGGAGAAACCAGCCGUUCCCGGCCCCAGCGCCCUGCUUAAAAUUGGCCCGUCGAAAGCGGUAUGCUCGCCUGGAUGUCGUGAUCUUCAUCCCCGCCACAUACGUGGGCGUGUUAUUCACUUGCAACCCACAAGAUUCCACGCACGAUGAGGAGCAAGAGUGGCGCUGGGAUGCCCAGGCGAUAGAAAAACGGCUGCCUAUGGCUACAGAAGCACGCAGGUACCCUAGACACAGGCAGGGGGCAUCUUUGGAAAACAACCAGCAAACUUCUAAGCUACUGCAACGAGCGUCGAAAAGUGAGCGUCAAGAAAGCUCACACCGUGACAUCUCCAGCCCAGCACACAAGUUUGCCAUGGCCAUCGCUGCAAAAGACAAGUUCAUCGAGUCGCAGCCUGGUACUGCAGCAUACGAGACAGAGUUUUCCGGUGCGCCGGUUUGUCCCUUGGUGGCCGAUGAUUACUCGGCUCACUGGCUCUCGGUUCAGUUGCACCCGCCGGCCCUCGUGUACCACAUUCCGUAUUUGAGGUCGCCGUCCAUCUGGGACCCCCGCUUUCUGUCUUCUGAGACUGAGCUGCCUGAGUGGAGCGAAGAUGUGGAUAUCAACGAGGCUUACAUAUACAGCGAGGCCGAUUUGGCGGGCAUCAAUGAGAACCUUAUGAAAUCCACACGUCCAAAAAGACCAAGAUCACCGAGAUGA